AUGAAAUCCGUGGAGAACCCGCUUGAAAUUUUACCCAAAAUUCGAUUUCGUAUCGUCUCAGCAUCAAAUUCAAACUUUUACAUUCAUUCAAAAUUUCUGGCAACAAACGCGUAUAAUGGGUAUCUAUAUAACUCAUACCAAAUUCACCCAAGAACAUCAAUCCCCCAAAUCAUAAGUUACUCGUUUAUUUCUCUUAAUCGAUCUAACUCAGAACAUAAACCCACUCACAAGAACUCCAGCAUCAUGACGAAUUCAAGUGAUUACAAACGCGUAUUCAAUCAUUUCGAUAGAGAUGGAAACGGUAUGAUCUCUCCAUCAGAGCUGCAACACUGCGUCGGAUUGAUCUGGAACGAAGAGAUUUUACUCGAAGAGGUUGAAGUUGUUGUUGAAUCGUCAAAUGGAAACAACGGAUAUUUAGGGUUUGAAGAUUUUGUUGAUUUAAUGGAAAGCACAAAAGAAGAUGAGAAGCUUGAGGACUUGAGGAAAGCCUUCAGAAUGUAUGAGAUGGAUGGAACGGAUUGCAUCACUCCCAAGAGCUUAAACAGGAUGCUGAAUCGACUCGGUGAGUCGAGAAGCGUGGAUGAGUGUGUGGGUAUGAUUAAUCGAUUUGAUCUCAAUGGUGAUGGAGUUCUCAACUUUGAUGAAUUCAAACAAAUGAUGCUUUGA